CAUUCAAUUCUCUAGCAUGAGCAGUCUCUCUUGCCUAUGUAGUUCACCCGUGCGCGAUUACGUAUGAAGGAACCACAUUAUUCGUGAGUCGGGAAGCAGGGUAUCCUACUAAGCAGAGGAUAUAAUGGUGAACUUUUGACGGGUUUUGAUAUAAGAAACGCAAUCUACGUUUACCUAUAGGUUAUUUAUCCACCCGGAAAAGUAUAUACAUUGCGCACGGACAUGGCAAAGGCAUACAAGCUGUAUGUAGGAAUAGUCACAGCUUUGGCCCUAUGCAAAUACUCCCUGGCAGAAUGGAAUGCAACUGAGGAGCCGGCCAACAAGACUGUAUCCCUCCAUCACCAAGGCAACAUAAACAACUUCACAGACUCAAUAGAAACUGCAACUCAAGCCAAAUGGAGCGGCCAUUUCACCAAAUGUCCAAAGGAGUUCAGGAAUUACUGUAUCCAUGGGUCGUGCCGCUUUGUGAAGGAACAGAACACUCCUUCAUGCAGAUGUGAAAAAGGGUACAUUGGGUCCAGGUGUGAGUAUGUUGAUUUGGACUGGCGUAUAGGAGACCGGAGGCAGAUCAUCAUAGCCUGUGUGAUAGCAGCAUUGGUCUUCCUCAUACUACUCAUCAUAUUCAUCUGCAUCUGUGCACAUCGACAUAAACUUUGCAGGCGGAAGAGGAGAAGGAAAGAGGAGACGAGGAAUGGAACAGAGAAGCUCAAUAUGAUUGUGAUGAACACAAAUGGAACACAUGAAGCUUCAUCAGAUUCAGUAGAAACUUCAGACAUCAAUGCAAUAUGAUGCGCGACGGGGUCUAUAAAUGGCAUUCUCCUGCCGGACGGGAUGAUGGCCUUGGAUAUGAGUGAAUGUUGGGAAGAGAGGGUGCUUUAACGUCACUAAGGAGACAUCAAGCCUGUACUCUCCAGCUGCUUUUCACUGCCUACCAUAGUCUACAAUAUGGACAAUAUGGACUCUGUUCUGUGCAGAAAUAUAGUACAAUACAAGAGAGACUGGACCAACUCCUGGGAGCUCAUACAACCUUUAUGGUCACCAUAGAUCCAUGGAGAUGGAUCAACAAAACAGUAUCUCCCUGUGCAUUCUGUAAAUGUGAUAAUAUGAUGAAGUUGUCCUCAUAGACUCAUUUAUACAAACAAAAUGUGCAUGGUCAUCAAAUCACACAAUAAGUUAAAGUAAAACCUUUUUUUAGAUUAUGUAUUAUGGACACUGAGCUCUGAAGGAGUAGGCCUUUUUAUGAACUGUCCUGCAACCUACUCUUAUUUGGGCAUAGAUUUAAUGAUUAACAUGUAUUCAAGCUAAAAGUCCAGGUAUGCUUACUCGUGGAUGUGGUGUGUUAUAAUGGUGACUCAUGCCAUGUAUGUGGGACAGAUUAUACUAUGUCUAAUGCUGAUAAAUGAUCAAUAGAAUACAUUUGUUCUAUUUUACACAUGUAUAGUGUGUAUUAUAUACGUGUGAAUUGGACAUUUGUUUUUUGCAUAUCCCUCAGAGAGUGGGGUCACGGCCAGAGAUCAGCCAUUAUUGACGGCGGCCCUGGAGUA